UGGUGAGGAGAGCGGAGGAUCCGUGUGGACCACAGCUUGCUGCUGCAGCGGCUGAGUGAGGGACAGACGCACUGGCCGGGCACAGUCCCCUUCUCUCUCUCACACACACACACAUACACACACACAUACCUCAUCCUUUUCUACAGCAUCAGCACACACUGAGUGGCGGGGGAGGAAUCGCGAGCCGGUUUGCAGCAAACAGUCUGAACCACUUCCCAAAGACAAACAGUGGCUUGGAUUAAAUCCUCACAGAUCCAGACGUCGUCACUCCAUUCACAACCCCUGAUCGAAGCAGAACAACAACAACAACAAAAAAGGUCUAUUGUGACUCACCUAACCAUGGACAGGCACAGAAAGUGGGUGCAAAGCUUCGGAGCUGUGCUAAUGGUGCUCUUGUGUCACAUGACCUCAGCGCUGGAGGUGCCACUGGAUCCUAAAGUUCUGGAAGGAUUGCCCCAACCCCCCACUAUCACGCUACAGUCCCCGAAGGAUUACAUCUUUGAUCCGCGGGAGAACAUUGUGAUCCACUGUGAGGCAAAGGGGAAGCCUCAUCCCAGCUUCUCAUGGACAAGGAACGGGAGCCACUUUGAUGUAGAGAAAGACUCCAAAGUCCUGUUAAAGCCCGGAUCAGGAACUCUGGUCAUCGACAUCAGUGGGGAAAAGGCCGAGGCUUACGAGGGAACAUACCAGUGCACGGCACACAACGAGCACGGCACCGCUGUGUCCAACAACAUCGUCAUCAGACAGUCAAGGUCCCCCUUGUGGUCGAAGGAGAGGAAUGAGGCCAUCGUGGUGCAGAUGGGGGUUUCCCUGGUGCUGCAGUGCCGACCCCCUGCAGGGCUGCCCCCACCCGUCAUCUUCUGGAUGGAUAACAUUUUCCAGAGGUUACCGCUGGAUAAACGAGUGUCCCAGGCUCUGAACGGAGACUUGUACUUCUCCAACGUUCUCCCAGAAGACAGCAGGCCCGACUACAUCUGCUACGCCCGCUUCCCUCACACACAAACCAUCCAGCAGAAACAGCCAAUCUCAGUCACCGUGCUGAACAUGGAAACAUUGAAUGAGACUGUGGCUGCUUUGUACAAUAUCACUGAUUUCUAUAGUGACAGCCCAGAGGGGGAGCGUCGCCCUGGUUUCAUGAUGCCUCUGGGUGCCACCAGCACCAAGAUGGUUCUGAGAGGGGAGACUUUGGAGCUGGAGUGCAUCGCUGAUGGCUUGCCCACUCCAGAGAUCUCCUGGCAGAAGGAUGGAGGAGAGCUGCCGAGCAGCAGGAUGUCCUUUCAGAACUUUCAGAAAACGCUCACGAUCUCUGAUGUGACUGAAGCUGAUGGUGGCAACUACCGCUGUACUGCUGCGAACAACCUGGACACCGCGCACCACAUCAUCAAGGUCACCGUCAAAGCGGCUCCUUUCUGGGUCAGCGCCCCCAGGAACCUGAUCCUCGCCCCGAAUGAGACUGGGAUCCUGACCUGUCGAGUCAACGGAGAACCCAAACCCAAGAUCACCUGGUUUGUCAAUGGAGUCUCCAUUGAGAACGCACCAGAGGACCACACCCGGAAGGUGGACGAUGACACCGUCAUUCUCAGUAACGUACAGUCGGGAUCCAGUGCCGUCUACCAGUGCAAUGCAUCCAAUGAGUUUGGUUACCUGAUGGCCAACGCUUUUGUCAACGUUCUUGCUGAGCCACCAAGGGUGCUCACGCCACCCAACAGAGUGUACCAGGUCAUCUCAAACAACCCUGCGUUACUUCACUGUGCCUCCUUCGGCUCACCAAUCCCAAUCAUCACCUGGUUCAAAGACAGUCAGACCAGCAUUAAAAAUGGCGAUCCUUAUGUGAUCCACGAGAAUGGCACUCUUGAGAUCCAUGUAGCCCAGCCCUUAAACAGCGGGAAGUACACUUGCAUCGCCAGCAACAACCUGGGCAGAAAGGAGAACCACGUGUACCUGGAGGUCAAAGAGCCUACCCGUAUCCUGAAGCAGCCAGAGUACAAGGUGGUGCAGAGAGGAAUGAGCGCUGCAUUCGAGUGUAAAGUCAAGCACGACCCAUCCCUCAAUCCCAUCAUGACCUGGCUCAAAGACAACGGAGAGCUGCCCGAUGACGAGAGGUUUGUCGUGGACACAGACAGUCUGACCAUCAAAGAGGUGAAGGAUGGGGAUGAGGGUACCUACACCUGCAUCAUGAACACCACCCUGGACAAGGACUCAGCCAGCGCCAUGCUGACUGUCGUCGAGGCUACUCCUACUCCAGCUAUUGUCUACGAGAAACCUGACCCUCCAACCGACCUGGAACUGACAGACCAGACAGAGAGGAGCGUCCAGCUCACCUGGAUCCCAGGAGAUGAACACAACAGUCCCACAGAGAAGUUUCUGAUCCAAUACGAGGAUCUUCUCCACCAGCCAGGAGUUUGGGUUAACCUCACAGAGGUUGACGGCUCAGGCACCACGGCACGCUUAAACCUCUCUCCGUACGUCUACUACUCCUUCAGAGUCCUGGCUACCAACCGUGUCGGGUACAGCGAGCCCAGCCAGCCCUCAAGCCAAUACAGGACCAACCCUGCAGCUCCUGAUGAAAAUCCAUCAAACAUCCAGGGAGUAGGAACAGAACCUGGGAACUUAGUCAUCUCCUGGACGCCACUGACAGGAUUUCAGUCUAAUGGGCCCAGUCUGGAGUACAAAGUGCUGUGGAGACAGAGAGACGUGGAGGAUGAAUGGUCCUCAAAGAACGUAGCAAACGUUUCCCAGUUUGUCGUGACUGGAACUCCAACCUAUGUGCCGUACGAAGUCAAGGUUCAAGCUGUUAAUGAUUACGGCAGCGGCCCUGAACCUAACGCUGUGGUUGGAUACUCUGGAGAAGACUUGCCUUUGUCAGCUCCUGAUAGCGUGCAGGUCAUGGUGCACAACAGCACUCUGGCAGAGGUUCACUGGGAGCCUGUACUUUCCCCGUCAGUCAGAGGAAAACUACAGGGGUACAAGGUUUACUACCAUCGCGAGCGCGGUUUGCACGAGACAGAAGGGGACACCGAGCAGAAAGAGGAGCAGGUUUUGACGUUCAGCGGGAAUCGUAGCGAGGGGCGUCUGCCCGGCCUCCAGCCUUACAGCGUCUACAACCUCUCCAUCCGGGUCCUCAACAGCAAAGGAGAGGGGCCUCCAAGUCCCGGCAAGACAUUUGAGACACCUGAGGGAGUUCCAGGACCUCCUUCUUUCUUUAACGUCUUAAACCCCAGUCUGGACUCGCUCACUCUGGAAUGGGGCCCACCACUGACCAACAAUGGCCGCCUUGCUGGAUACACACUGAAAUACCAACCAGUCAACAACACCAAUGAACUUGGCCCAAUCAAGGUCAUGACGCUCCUCUCCAACGAGACCACCAUCACUCUGGCCAACCUGAACUCCAGCAUGCUCUACAAGUUUUACCUGAGUGCAAAGACAAUCAAGGGCUCGGGCCCGUUCAUCACAGAGGAGGCCUUCACUGUCAUGGACACAGCUCAUACUCAGCCCACUGUAGUGGCAGGCAAAGGCCUCACAGAGCCCCCUCACCCAACCUCCCCCAUCACUCAGUCUCCGCAUCCCCCUCUUCACAAGGCGCCCCCUGUUGGCCCUGCGUUCGGCCCAGUUAACACGUCCGUAUCGGAGGAGGGUGCGGUGAUCAGUUGGGAUUACUUUGGACACCAUAAGAAUGUUUAUGUGGAAUAUAGUGUAGAAAACAGUAAAGAGGACUGGAAAAAGGAGUUGGUAAACGGUUCACACUGGCAUAUGAUAAAAGGAUUAAAGCCAGGGACGUCUUAUAAAGUGCGCGUGGUCGCUAGAGACCCGGCUGACCCGGCGGUCCACAGCACAAACGAGGUGCUGGUCACUGUGCCAGCUGGACCCAGCAGGCAGGUCGACAUUGCCACCCAGGGAUGGUUUAUUGGACUCAUGUGUGCCAUCGCCCUCCUCAUAUUGGUCCUUCUCAUUGUGUGCUUCAUAAAGAGGAACAAAGGCGGCAAAUAUCCAGUGAAAGAGAAAGAAGACGCUCACCAAGACCCGGAGAUCCAGCCCAUGAAAGAGGACGACGGGACGUUUGGAGAGUACAGUGACACAGAGGACCACAAGCCGCUGAAGGGCAGCAGGACACCGUCCAACGGGACGGUGCGCCGCGAUGAGAGCGACGACAGCCUGGUGGAUUAUGGGGAGGGCGGGGAUGGACAGUUCAACGAGGACGGCUCCUUCAUCGGCCAAUACAGCGGCAAGAAAGAAAAAGACACGCACGAAGGCAACGAGAGUUCGGAAGCCCCGUCGCCCGUCAACGCCAUGAACUCUUUUGUCUAACGUAGCGGCGGAAGGGCGGCUACGCUGCGACGGUUGCUACAGCCACGCCUUGUCACCCUGGCAAAUGUGACCAUGGGGACCGCCUCUGUGGUGGCAGUUGCGAGGGUGACGGUGGAUGUGGACACCUACUUCUAACCACGGUGGCUGUCACACCCUCAUCUUCAGCCCCUCCCCCCCCCCCCCCCCACUCCCCCUCCCCCCCUGUCACACUGUGAUCUCUGAUCGACACACACUCAGCACGGCAAAGACCGACAACACAUCCCCCAUGACCAUAACAAGAAGGUGUGAAACGAGGGACGUGAGGACUCUUGAGAAGGAGAGAGGAAGCAAUACAGAAAAGCUGAAGGAAUGUACCAGAAAGAGUUUUACUAGAAGUGGGGCCAAGUGUGUGUGUGUGUGUGUGUGUGUGUGUUAGUGCCAUAUGAUCUUCUUUGCAAACAUACUCAAACGUGUAUCCAAAUAAACAUUUGAUCAAAUGACAGUACAUGACCGGCAGGCAGGCGAAUAUGCAUCGAAUCACACUCAUCUGCAUGAAGAAAAAUCAUGAUUGUGUUAUGCAUUUUACCAUCCUUGUGUAAGUUGUUGCAGAGGUGAGAUGAUAGUUGAGAUUGUAUAUGAUGCACGCCUAAUAGCGUCUGGAUAUGCCUCUUUUUGUUUGCUGUUUUUUUUUUUUUUCUCCCCCCCCCCCCCAGUCAAAGUGUUCGAUGGCAUUCGAUGUAUCGAGAAAAAUGGCGGCAAGUGUCGUUGUGGACACAGCUGUGAAAAUUUGUGACGCAAAGUAGAAGCUAGCGUUUGUCUUUUUGGGACAGAUGAACUGUUUGUACAUAUGUAAUAGAAUAAGAAGAGAUCUAUAUUUCGAGGUCGGGGAUGUCCAUUUGUAGUCUUUGGAAUCCUGGCCAGAAACACUUUGAACUCAGCGACGGGUCACUCCUUAUAACACCAGCCAGCCAGAACUCUCACAGAAAAUCCAAUUGGCCUGUUUAUUUGUCCUUUACACAGAUCCUAAACGUCUUCUUCCGAGCACUUAAGGAACACGAGUUGGAGGUGUGACUGUUUCACCCCCAAAAUUUUGAGCCGCUGUGGAAGCCUUUUUUUUUCUCCGCUAGUUUGUCACGGUAUAGUCAGAGUUCACCUCUACCUGGAUGUUGUCUCAAAUAGCAUUUCCACUUCUCUGCUCUCUAUUCUGUCAGAAAAGAGAGAGAGAAAAACUGUUCUAUAAGUUGACGAUCGGAGAACCUCUCAGCACGGUUUCUAGUGCCUUUGUAGAGAACAGUGACUCAGAUGCAUACAGGUACAUCCCUCUUCAUAGACAGACCUUUGCUCAGUGCAGAUCAGAUAUACCAUGAAUACUGUACACACACGAGGAACAACCUCUCCAUCUUAGGCUUCAAUAAAUCUAACGGCUUUGCAAGUAUUCAAAGUGAAAUAAGUUUUAAAGGGAUGUUCAAGAAAAUAAGACAUUUUCUUGUAAGCUACAUGCUUGAGUUUUAGCAAAACAUCGAUGUGGUCUAAUCGGCUUCAGUUAGCCUCCUUCAGUCUUUAAAUAGCUUGCAAAAAGGCACCUAACUAUUUAAAAAAACGGGCUUUAAAAAACGACCUUUUCACAGUUAAACUUUGGCGUUACAUGUGAGGAGUGAUUUUCAGCUGUGGAUUGUUAUGGCCUGGUUGACAAUCAUACACUCAUAGUACAGGCAUACAAACAGAACACGUUUCACCAUCACGCUUAAGACUUCAAGACAUAAAUGUGUAGGAAACCUGAGGUGAGAUCUCUUCAUUUCAAACCCAUUCAUGUUGAGGAGGAGCCAAACUACUGCCAACCUGCUCCCAGGUAACUGCCAACAGGAAACACAGACUAUUAUCAGGGCGGGACUUACUGUUACCAGUAGCACUUAGAAAAUGAAAGGGGGGGGGGGUCAUAAAUCAGCGCAAUGAUACUGAAUGUGGAAAUAAGUGUUAUCUGUUAAUGUGAAUGAAAAAAUAGCUUGUUUCACUGCAAAUGGUAAACACACUGGUGACUUUGGUUUAUGCAUUUAUUCUGUCUGUGUAUGUUGUCAGGGCAGCACUCGGUGAGUUUUCUAUUACUGUAAAUGAUUGAAGCUUGUGUGUGAAUGUUUGGGUGCAUGUGUGUGUGCGUGUGCGUGCGUGUGUGUGUGUGCAGCACAUGCAUGCUACCGUCUUACAGCGUGCGUGGUGAAUACUUUGCUUUCAAUAUCCAUGGAUAACAGUCCGAUGUGUGUCCAGUAGUCCACUCCUGCUCCCAACAGGAGAUACAAGACUUUUAAUUUUUUUUUUUUUUUUUUUUCUGAAAACAUUUCCACGUCUUACUUUUAUCAUAACUUGCAUCAAGUUUUUAGGUUUCGCGAUGCGUCAGCUUUCCACGUGUAGAUAUUUUUGUUGUAUUUUGUAAAUAACGGCUUGAAUUGAGCGUAGACGUGUGGAGGUCAGAGGUGAGAUAUCAAGCUUGAUUAACCCUGCUGCAUUAUGGGUAGGAGGGUU